AUGUUAGAGACCAUUAUCGAGUUGAAAGAUAAUGCGUGGGUGUUCCAUGCACUACGCAACCUCUUCUCGGACCAGGGCCGACUUAAAGAGGCCGAGGCGAUGUACGACCGGGCUCUUCAAGGCUACGAGAAGGCAUUAGGACCAGACCACACGUCAACACUCGACUUAGUUCAUUGCCUAGGCCUUCUCUACUCGGGCCAGGGCCGACUGAAAGAGGCCGAGGCCAUGUACGAACGGGCUCUUCAAGGCAAGGAGAAGGCACUUGGGCCUGGCCACACAUCAACACUCGCGACGGUCGGCAAUCUAGGCAACCUCUACUCCGACCGAGCUCUUCAAGGCUACGAAAAGAUAUUAGGACCAGACGCCAUAAAGACGUAUAUUCCCGCCUUGAACACACUUCAAGACCUUGGCUCUAUGUUUGAGGAGCUUGGCGAGAAUAGCAAAGCUAUCUCAUACCAUCAACAGGCACAGAACGGCCUUUUAUCCGUACUAGGGUCACAGAACGAGCGAUUUACAAAUUUAUCUGACAAAAUCGCCUCAUUACAGCUUGCUGUAAAAGAUAUGGAUGUUGUGCUUCGCCCCCAGACCGACUAG